GCCUGCGCGUUUGACGUAUACGGCGGUGCUGUAGUCGUGAUCCGAUUAACAACUGUCUUUACUUGUGUUUUGUCACGUGCAAAAACAAUGUGAAAAGUGGUUGUUAAUAAUAUUUUCUUAGUAACUUGUAUCCUUUCUGACUUGUAUGGUUUAAUAAAAUCAAUCGGAGACGCAAAAUGUGAGGUGUUUACCCUCAGAAGUGCUGAAGUGUAAAGUGAUGAAGAUACCUGGUUUAUUGUAGUGCAUUUAUAUCGAACAAUCAAAAAGGAUACAUUGGGAAAAGAAAAUGCGGAUCAAGACCUACACAGAUUUACGCCCAAAUGGGCCACCGCCACGGCUGGGGCUGAAGGCGGCGAGCCCCGGCGUCGCGGGCACGGACGAGGACUGCAACAGCAACACCAGCCUUGCAGGGAGCCAGCAUUCGGCUCACGAUGACCUCGACGCGCACUGCGACAACUCCGGUUACUUGUGGUUUCUCGAUUAUAACCCGAUUUUUCGAGACAGUUCGUGUCACCACACGUCAGUGCUGUCCUCGGUGUCCGCCUCCUAUAAGGGUAUAAGCGACCUCGCCGCCCGCUUCGAGUUCACGUCCCGGUAUAACGACAUCGCCCGGGAUCUGGACGCGAACCUCGCCGAAGCCGACAUGGAAAGCUUCAAAACCGAAGAUAUACACGCCCUGCUCAUGACCGCCAACUUGCCACACGACGCCAUAAUCGAUGAAAGGGCGCACGAUACCAACCCGCGUGGCGAGAUGUUCGCCAGCAUCUCGAGUUCUCUGAUGGAAAAGUUUCAGUUCGAGAGCAGUAUCAGUUUCAACAGUAGUCUCCAGGGAGAAGAGUCCGUUGGUUCGAUCAACACGAUGUCAAUAUGCAAGUCAGAGUUGUUGUUCUCGCCUGUAAAGGAGGGUGCACACGGCGUUCAUUUCAGCGUGGACAGCCUCGACUGCGAAUUACCUACAGAACAGGAACUCAUCCUAACAUGUCAGGCAAAUAAGGACAACUAUACCAUCGCUUUCGAGGGCAGCCUCACCACUUAUUCCGAGGACAGCGAAUGUAUUGAACCAACCGUCAAUCAAAAACAUGACAAAUUGAAGGAAGACGAGAAUGUAGUUUUAGAUAAUGAUGAAAGAACGCGCAGGAAUUUAGAAUUAUUAGAAAGAUGUAAAAAAAUAACUAAUAAACUAACUACGUCUAUGGCUAGAAGCGAUUUAGGAUUAACUACUUGGAGUAAGCUUAAAAAACAAAACAGUCAAUCUCCUUUAAGAAGACAUCCAUCUGGAAAUAAUAAUGAAGACUCUAAUGAAACGACUGAUGCUACAAAUGAAAUGAGUAAUUCUGUUAUUAAAAGCCAAAGUUUGCCAAAUCUUUAUAGGAGAAAAUUAAUGAACAGUUCCAUUAAUUCUGCUGCUUUAAGCAACUCAACGAUUGAUUCAUUUACAACCAACCAAAGAUUAACAGGUAAUUCGAUGUGCAUGAAAGUUUACGAUGUAUCACAAAAUCGUUCUUCGCACGGAAGCCAACACUCAGAGCCAAUGAGUACAUCUUCUACAGAUAAUCAAAGUUCAUCUGAUAAAAGUCAACCAAAACAACAAUUCAGUUUAGUAAAAUUGUUCAUGAAACAAAAAAGCAUGAGCAAUGAUGGUAUCGUCAGUAUGGAUCAAUUAGAUCGAUCAGAAUGUUGGCCCUCUAGUGAAAGUGGAGAUUCAAUGGGAGAACAAAAAACUAUAGAUUUUAAAACAACUGAGCGACCCCAAGCGGAAUUGCCGACUAAUGUUGAAGAAAUUACAUCCGUUGUGUAUGAGGAAAUCCAUCCUUAUACAAAUAGAGUAUACGAUGAUGUUUUGAUCGAGGAAGAAGAAACAACGGAUGGGGCUAAACUAAGUGAUAGCGAUAUAAACUUAUAUGCUACUGUAAAUAAGCCACAUGUAAAGAGAACAAAUAUUAACAUCACAAAUAGUCCGUCUAAAUUAAGAAGUCAUCGCAAGUCAUAUUCUUCACAAUCUUCGGCUACUAGUGUUAGUAUUUCAAGUUGUUCUGAGUCAGAUGGUACACAGAUCACAAGAAUGAAUAAAUUAUUGCAGCGGGAACCUUGUGAUAAUAAAUCUACAUCUACGCAUUUUGAAACUACUACAAUUGAUAAAAGUAUGCAAACAUCUUGUAUGCAAAUUUCUAAAGUAUCACAUGACCGUGAAUUACUUAAAGUAGUUGAACCAUCGUUUCUAGAAAAACUAAAAGAAGGAGACUACGAAAAACCCGUAUUUGUUUUAUAUCCCAGUUAUACAUUGCCAGACAUUAGCUUUUUAAACGGAAGACCAAAUAUAUAUCUCAAUCCUGUUCAUGUAAAUUUGUCGCCAAAACGUAGCGACAAUAAGAGAAACAAAUUGCAAAAUAAAAAUAAGAGGCCAUUUUCCUGCAAUGACGUUGAGUUAUUAAAAAAGAAAGGUGUCGGACAUAUUAAAGACUGGGAUUCCCUUAAUUUCUUAUUACCUGUAGAAUGUAAACAAAUGUUAUCAGAGCUGCCUGAAGUAAUGCAACAUAUGAAGGAAAGAGAAACUUUAUCAAAAUGUAAUAAAUAUUGUAACGCGUCGCCGUCUUCUAGAUCUAAGAACAGACCGAUGAGCUGUGAUUGUCAUAAUUUGACUGGAAAUAAUACAGCUAUAUCUUCGAGUUCUAGUACAGCGACUCAGCCAUCUUCAGGAUAUCGAGGCUCAUCUACAAUGUUAACAGACUCCUCUGCUCAGAACAGCCCAGCGCCUGCAGGGAACUUUAAUCCGUUAUUUGUAUAUCGAUAUGAUAGCGCAACAAGCUCCGAAGCCAGCUGUGUUAACAAUGACGGCCAAAGAAUUCACCCUGCUAUUCCUAAACGAUCACUUUCCUUAGCAGAUCAGAAUAGAACUGUAAAACAAGGCGAAGUGCCACCAGCAAGACCUCCGCUACCAAAAAGUAUAUUACGAAAAUCAAUGGAUAAAACACGUAAAUCAAAUUCGCAUGCAAAGCGUUAUAGUAUGUUUGAAAUAGAUGACUUUGCACAAGAUCCUGUUGUUUGUAUGACUGCAGUAACAGAACAUAAAUCGAAACGAAGAUCACUUCAAGAACCUUACUAUUUACAAAAUCAAAAUAUUGAUUAUAGAAAGAAUAACGAUAUAGCAGCCAAGAGAUUGUCCCAACAAUUUUUAGAUGCAGCUGAAAAAGAUGCUGAUUAUAAUGAAUAUUAUCAAGAUGAAGGUGUUGGUACUGAAAGCAGCCUAGAAAGUGGAAAAUCUAAUGAAUUAAAAUUCAAUAGGCCUCAUACACCUCCAUUACCAAAGCCAAGAACAAAAAAACUAGAAUACACCGAAUUUCCGCCACCUAGUGCAUUAAUCAGCAGUGCCGAUUUACAACAAUUAGAAGAGUUCUUGAAGCAAAGCGGAGUUCAAUGUCAAAACGUGGAUGAAUGGGAUCAAAAUCAGGUACAAAAGGUAAGAAGUCAAGUGGCCAAAUUCCUUCAAAUGAAACGUUCGCAAGAGGAGAAUCUGAGGUCCAUAGAAUCUAACGGCAGUAGUUGUAAUAGCAAGAAAUCUGUGAGCUUUGCCCAAAAAUCAGAGGCAAAAGUUGACGUUACCCAAACUCAAUUGAAGACAUUAGAAGAAAUUAAAGGUGGUACUACUCCGCCAAAUUCACCUAAUAUAUCAGCAGUCAUAGCACAGAGACACUACCAGGGCAAAAAUCUUGCUGAAAUACCAAUUUGCGAAGAAGCUGAAGUAAGUCCAGAUGAGUUUGGUAGUCCCUUACUGCACGAUGGGAGAGGAAAAUAUGAUUUCAUUGACAUAUCACAAAAGAGAGCCUUAGUCUCAAAUGUUACCGAUGCGGUGGAAAUGUUGAUUCAACACUUUUCGUCAGCGACAGAUCAGGCUGAAUUAGCAUUCUUAGGAGAUUCCAAACAGUCUCCUAUUUGUGCUAAAAUAGCACUUAAUGCAUUAUGCCCAGCUUUAUAUGCAAUAUUCAGAGAUGGACUCAAGGAUAGUAUUGAAACAUCAUUUGGAGCCGUUAAUAAUUCGGUUUGGCAAAUGGUCGAGGCAACGGCAAGACAAGGACCUAUUACGAAAUCUCUCAACGAACUAGUGCUGAGAAUUAACAGCGAAGAUGCUGUAACAGAAGGACUCGUCAAGUUCAACGCAUUCAUUCUGGGUUUACUCAAUGCACAAUCAGUGGAUGCUUGGGUAUCAUAUGUAAGGACUAGAGAAUCAGUGUUAGCUAAGCAUUACGGCCCUGAUUCCAUCAUGCUCGCUGGCUGCGUCGGUGAGCAACGCUGCCGAACACUUUUGGAUGCCUUGUUGGACAGUUUGGAGCCUCUAAAAUUAUUACCAUUUUCUCUGGAUCUCAUGUUUGAGAUGCGGGAACUUCAUCGAAGUUUCAAGAAGAUCGAAAGCGAUAUGCGGGCCGCAAGCCGGUUGGAAUGCAGUGGAGAGGAACAAUGGCGACCAGGAUCUGCAGGAAGCUGUGCGAGCGGGAAUACAGGAAACGGAAGCGCAAACUCAGGGGGCAAAUUCCGAAGGUUGCAACUCAAGUGGGAGCUACUGAGUAAUGCCGAAAGUCCCACUACACCAUCAGGAGAAACAUCACCCGCGGCUGCUCGGGGCUCAAAGAUACCUCGGCCCGUGUCUUCACCAGUACGACCGCAAGCCCCAACGUUGCAGUCACCGGCAAAGAACACGCACCGUGGAAUACCAGUCCCGGUGCGUAAAGGCACAUCUCCAACAGCAACGCAACCCCGCACUUCGUCCGCGCGUUCAGGUGCCCCAUCCGCCACUUCGGCCACAGUCGGUACAACUGCUGGCAAGCGACCGCAGCCCGCCAACAGAGUUAUACCUGAAGUAACAUCGAAGAAAAUCAUCAUGAACAAACCACGAGUAUCAAACGAGGGACUUGUUAAAAAGACCAGUAUAAAGAAAACGCCGACGUCCCGCGUGGACCAGGCGAGGCCGGGCGGCGGCGGGGCGGCGCCGCGGCCCGCGUCGCUGCCGUACGGCCGCGCGGCCGCGCCGCCCGCGCCGCCCGCGCCGCGCCGCGCCGCCUCCUCGUCCGCCUCGCGCACGCAGCGCCAAGCCACCGCCAACCACAAACACAAAUACGUGAGAACACUGUGGCACCGAUUGCCGUCAGAUUCCGGCCACUUAGCUUUUAACGAGGGCGAACGUCUUCGAUUGAUAUUGGAAGUCGACGACCAGUACCUACUGUGCUGUCGGGGUGAACAGAAGGGUUUGGUUCCCCGCGACGCUAUCCUGCUAGAGGACUUCUGAUAUUGGCAACCGUAGCACGAUUGGCAGCCGUGCUACCGGCCGCUGCGUUUGAACGGUAAUUUUGGAAAAUGUUAAAAGACGUGUUGUGAUAUUAAACAGUUUACUCUUUAUGGUUACCAAGUAUUAUUGGAUUUUUGAGCAAUUAAAAUAGUGAGGAGAAUAUCUUUGUACUCCACUCAAAGAUGACACUUUUUCGUUCCUUGAAAAUCCAAUCAGAUCACAGUAUUAUUUAAAUCAUAAAGCGUAAACCAAGAGUGUUGUAAAAUAAGGAACCUUUUGGUAUCGAAUCAGGGAAACAGUGAUGUUCGGUUUUGUUGGACACGAUUUAUCAAAAAAAGAAGAAAAAGUGAUGAGAACUGUACCGGUACUAUCGAUGUAUAUAUUAUAAUAACUUCUAACUUUUAGUAUUAUCACUCGUAUCCUUCGUCGUCGUCUUCUUACUCCUGUAUUUUAGUGUAAUAAUUUAUUUAAUUUCUAUAUUACGUUCUACAUAAUUAAUCAUCAUUUUCGCUCUCGUAUUGAAUCUUUGACAUCACUGAAAUGGACUCUCGCAUUUCUCAUUACGUAGUAAAAUCUAGUCUUACGUUUUAGGGCACGAUGAAGUCUUGGACUGUAUAUAUUAUUAAAUAUGAAAGAAACACAAGUUGUUGAACAUUUACUGGCAAUGUAGCGGUAAAUAGCACUGCCAUUCAUGAACAGUAAAUGUAUUCUUCAAUGAGAUGUGAUAUAGAUAAUUAUUUACUUAUUCUAUAAGGACAAAAUCUCAUAAUCUUAAGAGCAAACUCCUUGUCAUGCUAAAUUAAUAAAAAUCACGUUGCUGAGAGAAUGACACCCAAUAUUAAUUCGAUGUUUAGAUAAAUUACUUCAAUAUGAAUUGAUGUCUAAAUUUACCCCUAUAGUAUUAGAGUUUUUGUAUUAUAAUGUUAUACUCAUUGGCAUAUAGUGUAUUAUACUUGCACAUAUAUUUUAUAGAAAUAACCGCGUUGCUUGUUUUUCUAAUAACUUUUUAAGUAAAUGGAUGUAGUUGUUGCAUGACAGCCAUGCAAUAAUAAUAUAAUAACAUCGGGUCCCCACGGAUUCGUGCUUUAACACAUCUUUAUAUUUACUAAUCGCAUGCAUCCUUUCCUAUAUCACCCUCCUCACACGGUCUGUGGGAUUUACUAUCAGUAGAAAACAUCUGUAGGUAGCUUCAACAUGGUAUAUCAUAUUAACAUACCCAGAUCCAUCGUCCUGUCCUUAAGGCUAGCCU